AGUUCAGCAACAUGUACCGAGGACCAACAUGUUUGCCUCUGCUGAGAGAUUUGCCAGCACAAGUGUUGCUAAAAGAUCACCAGGUGGUUUCUUUAGCUGGCUUACUGGUGCAAAAUCUAGCCAGGUUCCUCCCCUAGAUUUUCCACUUCCUGGCGUUAGACUUCCUCCCCCUCUUCCAGAUUAUGUUGAGCCAGGAAAUACAAGGAUCACAACUCUUCCAAAUGGAGUCAAAAUUGCUUCAGAAACAUCACCAAACCCGGCUGCUUCAAUAGGGCUGUACGUCGACUCUGGUUCAAUAUACGAAACACCAGAUUCUUUUGGGACUACACAGCUGUUGGAACGGAUGGCCUUCAAGAGCACAACUAACAGGAGCCAUCUGCGCAUUGUGCGAGAAGUAGAAGCUAUAGGUGGAAAUGUGAGUGCCUCAGCUUCUCGUGAACAGAUGGGAUAUACUUGCGAUGCUUUGAAAACAUAUGUGCCACAAAUGGUUGAGUUGCUCAUUGAUAGUGUGAGAAAUGCAGUUUUCCUUGAUUGGGAAGUUAAUGAACAGGUGAGUAAAUUGAAGGCAGAGACAGUUGAAGCUUCUAGCAAUCCACAAGCUUUGCUUUUGGAGGCUAUUCACUCAGCGGGAUAUAGUGGCGCUUUGGCGAUCCCUCUUAUAGCUUCUGAAUCUACCUUGAAUAAUUUAAAUGGUAGCAUUUUGGAGCAAUUUUUGGUUGAAAACUACACCGCUCCUAGAAUUGUACUUGCAGCAUCUGGUGUGGAACACGAGGAAUUGGUCAAAAUUGCUGAACCACUACUAUCCGAUCUUUCAAAAACAGCCCGUCCUGAGGAGCCAAAGUCUGUUUAUGUUGGUGGGGAAUAUCGACGCCAAGCAGAUGUUACAGUUGCACAUCUUGCUCUUGCUUUUGAAGUUCCUGGUGGUUGGCAUAAGGAAAAGGAUGUCAUGGCUGUCACAGUACUUCAGAUGCUUUUGGGAGGUGGUGGUUCUUUUUCUGCAGGAGGUCCUGGGAAGGGGAUGUAUUCUCGGCUGUAUCGAAAUGUCUUGAAUGAGUUUCAACAGAUCCAAUCAUUCUCGGCCUUUAACAGUAUUUACAACAAUAGUGGCAUUUUUGGAAUCCAUGCAACUACUGUAGAUUGGAGACAUGCUUACUAUAUGGAGUUGUUGCCAUAUAUGGAAAUGUAUUCAGUGAUAAAUAUGGAUAAUUUGAAGCCUAUUGGACUUACCAUGUUUUAUGUUGAGCCAAAAGAAGGCAACCUUUUACGAAUGCGAGUGUCAAAAGUUUCCUGCACUCCUUUCCUUCAGCUGUUAGCUCUUGUUCUUACGACUGUAUUCUUUGAUUGCUGCUCGUUGUGCUUAUUUGGCAGCAUUUUGAGGCCCUCAAGAUACCAUUAUGAAUCAUGGAGAGGGGAUGUGUUGAUGACCAAGUUUCUUGUAUUUUUCAUACCAAGGAUAGAGAAACUAUCUGUUGUCGACACAGAAUUUUCACUAGAGAGAAAAAAUGUAUAUUGCCUACACAGGAUGCCUGGGUUGCAAGCUGGGAUGAGGUUGCUGCCUAGACCAAGAUGUGUUCCUGAAGGAGGCCGCCGCUGCUGCCUAGGAGAGUCCAAUUGCAAGAGCGAAGGCCUACAGGCUGCCUAG